UCUACAGUUCUAUAUUGCCGCUCUAGGCCUCCUUUACACUUUUGCGCGGGAGAACUGAGAUUAAAGGAACAGUUCAGUAUUAGACUGGAAAUGAAACUAGAGUGUGAGCGUGGGUUUAUCUUUUAUUUUCUUAUAUUUUCUUAAUGCUAUCUCGUCCCGCCCAUUUAAGCACUCCAGAAGUGACGUUUCAGUGUUGUGGUUCCGGGGUCAAAGCUGUGGCGCGCUCCCUGGGGUUGCACGUGGGGAAUGGUUUAAGCAUAGUUGUAAAAUAAUUCUAUAAGCACUGAGAUAAAGUUCGUGGGCGGAGUUGGUCAACUGGUGCAGCGACACAGGGAAGGCUGAGCUUCUGCAGGUGUUCCUUGCUGAGGGGACCACGUUCCUGGAAGGUGGUCCCGGGGCGGAGGAUCCUAGGAAGGUGAUCUUUCGUCUUAAAAGCAGUUCGUGGGGAAGCCUGUGCUGCCAUCGGAAAGGAGGCGAGGCUGUGUGUCCGGCAGGUCCCUGUUCUACGCCUGUUGUGUUCGGGAGCAGAGGUUUUUGAGGACGAAAAUCGGAGGUUUCAGCUCAGCUGGGGGAAUGGUUUGUAAAAGAGUUGAUAUCUGCGAGAGUGGGAUGGGGCAGUGCCCGAGUGCGGUAGGUGGGGGUGUUUAUUAUAAUCUUCCAAUAUGCCAAAGUGGGAUGGGCUGCAUAGUAUGUUGAAAGAAUACUUGAAGCAUACACGUUUCUGCCACGUGUAAAAAAAUGUGGUUCCCCGUCCCCUGCUUGCGCAUUCUUUUCAAUUCUUGGUCCUUUGGAGGCAGAUUGGUCAUGCCAAUCAAGCAUAACAGCAGACACUACAAGAAAGGGGUUCUUCCGUGUCCAGAAGGUCCGAUCCCACCUGUGUCAGUCACAGAGAUACGACAGUAUUUGAGGACUCAGGGUAUUCCUUUUCACGAUGGCUAUAGUUGUCUUCACACACCCAGCAUUUUUGUGGAGGAAAAGCAGCAAGUUCGACAGAACUACAGCCUGUUUAUUGACAAAACCACAGGCCGCUUUGUCUGUACAGCCACUCUGAUUGAGGGUAACUGGCAAGACUUCCAGGCCAGCAUUGAGUUGAAACAUAAUGGCGUGGCUCCUGGUGAACUGCUAAAGACUGAUGGGCAAAGAGACCAACCUGGGGAGGAUGCCCAGCACAUUUGGGAUAGAGCUUUGCCUCUGUGGGAACUGCUGGAUAAGCAAGAGACACAAGAAGCUAAGGCUACAUUUGGUAUCUCCAAUGUAUCUGAUACCACCCUUAAGCGUUUUGGAGUGCGUUAUGUGCGAACAGCUCAGGCCUUGGUUUUCCCAUGGUAUAGUCCCCAGGGUACCAGUCUAAAGGGCUUAAAGCUUCUAAGAGCUGAGCACCAAGGAGAGACAAUAUGCUACGUGGAGAACACUCUGCCUCGGCCAGGUGCUUAUUACAAUCUUUUUGGACUGCCACUGAUCAGCCGACGAGAUACCGAAGUGGUCUUGACUGGACGGGAGCUGGAUGUUUUGAUACUGCACCAGGUGACUGGGCUACCAACUUUGGCCUUGCCUCGAGGGAUUUCUUGCCUUCCCCCAGCUCUUCUUCCCUAUUUAGAACAGUUUAAAAGGAUUACACUUUGGCUGGGGGAGGAUCUCCGCGCUUGGGAGGCUGCUAAGCUUUUUGCUCGCAAACUGAAUCCUAAACGGUGUUCUUUGGUGCGACCUAGUGACCAGCAGCUCCGCCCCUUAGAAGCUUUCAACAGUGGCUUAAACCUUUCCAAGAUUUUGCGCACUGCCCUGCCUGCUGGCCACAAGUCCAUAAUUUCAUUUCGUGAGCUGCGUGAAGAGGUGUUUGGGGAACUGGCCAACGUUGAGCAGGUGGCUGGGGUCAAAUGGGCUCGUUUUCCAGAAAUGAACAGACUGCUGAAGGGUCAUCGGAAAGGGGAGCUCACAGUCUUCACAGGUCCAACUGGCAGUGGGAAGACAACUUUCAUCAGUGAAUAUGCCCUGGAUCUCUGUAUGCAGGGGGUGAAUACUUUGUGGGGCAGCUUUGAGAUUAACAAUGUGCGCUUGACCAAGAUCAUGCUUACUCAGUUUGCCAUGGAACGGCUGGAAGAGCAGCUGGAAAACUAUGACGAGUGGGCAGACAAAUUUGAGGAUCUUCCUCUCUACUUCAUGACUUUCCAUGGGCAUCAGAAUAUCAAGGCAGUGAUAGAUACCAUGCUGCAUGCAGUGUACAUGUAUGAUAUUACCCAUGUGAUUAUUGACAACCUCCAGUUCAUGAUGGGCCAGGAGCAGUUGACCGUGGACAGGCUUGCUGUCCAAGACUACAUAGUGGGCACCUUCCGAAAGUUUGCCACAGACAACAACUGCCACGUGACUCUGGUAAUCCAUCCUCGGAAGGAAGAUGAGGAGAGAGAGUUGCAGACUUCUUCAAUUUUUGGGUCUGCAAAGGCCAGCCAGGAAGCUGACAACGUGUUGAUCCUGCAGGACAGGAAGCUGGUGACUGGCCCAGGCAAGCGCUACCUACAGGUGUCAAAGAACCGCUUUGAUGGCGAUGUGGGCAUCUUUCCUCUGGAGUUCCAGAAAACAUCCCUCACUUUUUCUACCCCAAUCAAAGGCAAAGCCAAGUUGAAGAAGGUUAAAGAGGACAAUGGUGUGCCUCCCAAGAAUGCUCCUGCAGGUGCUGGUGGGGCUUCAAAGAAGCAGCGGACCAGGUCACCCAGUACAAAGACUUCCCCAGAUGAACCUGCCAAACCUAAAGAAGAGAAGUAGAGUACUGUGCAGGAAGGGAUGCAAGCCAGCAAUAUCACUGCCUUUUCCCUGAUCACAGCAGCAAUAAUCUGAUUUCUUCUAAGGCUCUUGCUGGGGUUUUUUGCAGCACUUUUGCCUGCUGUUUUUCUUUGAAAUCAAGUGAGGGACCUGUGGUCAAACACAUUUGCCUCUUAUCAAGCAAUAAUCUAGAGAUGAGACUUGGGCUCUUUCUGCUAUGCUUCCAAGAUGAGAUUGGGUACAGGAAUGCACACCCCUUAGGAGAUCUUGCAGGAGUGUGGGUGAAUUUGAGGAAAGCCUUACCUCUUCAGCCUAAAUUGGGCCUGACUGCUCCUCCAUUUUCCAUUGUUAAACUGGAAAAUGCCACCAAGAUGAGAAUUGAUGUCUGCAUAUUAGGUGUGAUUUUUACCCGAAUGUCUGAACAGAGUAAGGUUUGCAACUUGCUGUAAUUAUAUAUCCCAGAUGCAAGUUUGGUCCUUGUUAGACACAACUGUAUCACAAUACCACUGGUAAACAAGCUCAGAAGACAACAGUCUUAAAUAAGCUAAGGGGUGAGCACUUGUACCAGAGCUUUACCAGUUUUGCCUAGUAUGAAUUCAAGUGAUGUCUGUCUAAGAGGAAAACCACACUACUUGUGGGUUCAAAGGGAUUUUUGACAAGCUGCCAUCAAGGGAAAUAAUGCAGGUUUAUUGGGGGCGGGGGUGUUUUUGAGACAAAUAAUGGUUUUGUCAAACCUAAGCAAAAAUCAUGAUUCAAUUUCCCUGAGACCCUUCUCCAAGUGUUAUAACCCUUGCAAGUUUUGAAUCAGACCUGGUACUGUUUGAGAAGAAUGGUACUGAUAAAAGAAGAUUUUUGAAAACCUGUUUUUGAAAACACAUCAUCUAAAACACAUCAUCUAUGAAAUGGGCAGACUGUAAGAGUCUAAAGGACAUUGCUUCAGCCUCUAACAUUUUAAUGAGAUUGGGAAUUUUUCUAUUUUAAUUUACAGCCAAUAAUAUCAACUGUGAUUUUGUGUGACUUAUCAGGAGGAAAAACUUCCAUCAUUAAUGGUAUUUGGAAUAGUUUGUUUGGGAUGCAGAGAUUAUGGUUACUGGAUAUUGUAUUGAAUAUCUGUUUUAUUUUAAAAUAAUUCAAAACCCAGUUUGUACCUCAUGUGCAAAUAUUUCUUAUGUUGCCCAGAAGAGGUCAGUCUAUGUUUGGUUUUCAUUUCCCAGAAUUUGAAAUGGAAAUUUUCUUCCCUUUUUUGAGGCAGAACUUUUAUUUAUUUAGAAACUAAAAAAAACAUAAUAACAAAACUGAGCCACCUAAUUAAAGAAAGUUUUGUCUUAUUG